AUGACUAUUCAAAUAUAUCAUGACCAUUCAGAGAUCUCCUUGGAUGAAUUUAAUAAGCUUAAGGAUAUGGUCACUGAGACUAAGAGCCUAGCAUAUUGUCCGUAUUCCAAGUUUAGAGUAGCUAGUUGUGUCUUGACCGAAUCAGGUGACUUCAUAACAGGAGUUAAUGUCGAGAAUGCCUCUUAUGGCGCAGGUAUAUGUGCUGAGCGAUCAGCUAUUUCAAGAGCAGUGAGUCAAGGGUAUCGUAAAUUUAGAGUCAUUGCAAUUGCAGCAGACACACCAGAGCCCAUUGUGCCGUGUGGAAUAUGUCGGCAAUUUAUGCGGGAGUUUAACGAAAAUAUCGCACUAUUCCUAUUUAACAAUGAUUCGGAUUUCAUCAAGGUUUAUUUGAAAGAUCUUCUUCCACUAAGUUUUGGACCAGAAAACUUAGACAUUCAAAUCAAAUGA